GCCCAGUGUCACGUGACGUGGUCUCAGCGGUAAACACGGGCUGUGUCCUAAAUGGAUGUAGUGCACUGGUUAGGGUGUGAAGGCUUGUUGUCGGGUUAUAUGUGAAGUGUGUGGGGUGUAGGGAGCGAGGUGGAGUCCGGUCUGAGGCAGCUCAUCGGUAUGAAGUCAAACCGGGAGCUUUUAGCGAUUUAAUUUCACACCCUGCGUAGUGCGCUUAAAUAGGGGCAAGAACAGAGGGAGGGAUUUAGGACGGAGCCCGUAGCCCACAGCGCUGCCGGUAAAGAUGGCGGCGUUACGCAGGAUGAUGUCGGUGUUGGUGAGCAGGUCCGCGGCUCGGUUCGGGGACAAAGCGCGGGUGAGGAGCGGCGUGGCGGCGGUGGGAUUCGGGCUGGCGGCUGGCGGAGCGGCGGUGCUGUAUCUCAGCUACCGGGGAGCGCGCACCGGAGUCCGCAACAACGCGCCCGUGCUCGCCGCGGAGCCGCAGAACCGGCAGUUGGACUUGGAGGACGGAGACGUGUACAUGUCGUCCCACGAGCACCGCUUCCGGCUCUUCAGCUCGAUGGAGUACGAGGGUCAGCUGUACAUGACGCCUCAGAACUUCAUCGAGUCAGUGACCAUGAGCGAGCCGCGGAUUAAGAAACCGUGGCGGUCUCUCAGUAAACAGGAGCUGGAGAAGAUCCUCUCCGAGACGCCUCCGGUGUGGAAAGGAAGCUCGACGCUUUUCCGAAAUCUCCGAGAGAGAGGCAUCAUCGCUUACACCGAGUAUCUCUUCCUGCUUUGUAUCCUGACCAAGCCUCAUGCUGGCUUUAAAAUAGCCUUCAACAUGUUCGACGCCGACGGCAACCAGAUGGUGGACAAGCAAGAGUUUCUGGUGCUGCAGGAAAUCUUCCGGAAGAAGAACGAAAAGAAGGGACGCAAGGGAGACGCGGAGAAGUCAGCUCAGCUGAGCAUGCAGCUCUACGGAUAUCAUGUCGCCCCAGGCACUAGCCGCACGGACGAGAGCAUGACUAUCGACACCACGCUGCUCAUACACUUCUUCGGGAAGAAAGGGAAGGCGGAGUUGACGUUCGACGAUUUCUACAGGUUUAUGGAUAACCUCCAGACCGAGAUGCUGGAGAUCGAGUUUCUGACGUACUCCAAAGGCAUGACCACCAUCAGCGAGGAAGAUUUCGCUCGCAUCCUGCUGCGCUACACCAACGUAGAGGACAUACGCAGCUACCUGGAAAAUGUGCGCCAGUCCAUUCCUGACGAAAAGGGCAUCACUUUUGAAGAGUUCAGGUCUUUCUUUCAGUUCCUUAACAACCUUGAAGACUUCGCUAUCGCUAUGCAGAUGUACAACUUCGCCAGCCGUUCCAUCGGGCAAGAUGAGUUUGCGAGGGCGGUGUACGUAGCAACAGGGCUUAAACUCACUCGGCACUUGGUGAACACCACCUUUAAGAUCUUCGACGUGGACCACGAUGACCAGCUGAGCUACAAGGAGUUUAUUGGGAUCAUGAAGGACCGAUUGCACCGUGGAGGCAGGGGUUAUAAGGAUGUAGAACGAUUUACUUCCUUCAGGUCAUGUCUGAAAAAGGAGCUGGCAGGAAGCAGGUGAGCGGUGAGUCGGUCCUCAGCUGUGUGCGAGCAAUCUGGAGUCCAUUCAAAGGAAGGAGCCUUCAUCAUCAUCAUCAUCAUCAUCAUGAUCAGAAGUCUUCCGUGGAACAUCUGCUGAGAAUAUUCUGCACGUUCUGCAUGACUUCCUUCUCUUUCUCGCAGUACUUCCAGCACUGGAAUGUUACUUGACGUGGGAAUUACGUAUUAAAUUAAAUGAUUAAAUUAUUAACGCGCCGCUCAGACUAUACAAAGCAGCGCACUAUGAAGCGAGCUCUGUUUUAACACGCACACGGUUCGUGAUCCUGCUCUUUCUUAGCGUGUACGAGUUCAGUUUAUUAUUUUGAUCGUUAUAAUCGAACUGUGACACUGCUAUCCUAGUUUUCUUUUCUGAAAAAACUAUAUAUAUAUAUAUAUUUAUUUAUAUUUAUUACUGCUAAUACUUCCUACCUGGAGUUAUUUCACGUCGUUAUUUACUCAGACAACUGAAACCAAAGCCAGCAAACUAGCUAAAGCGUAGCUAAGAAUAAUAACGUACUGCAUUUUGUUCUGUAAUGCCGUUCUUGAGUCUCGAAUUCCGAUUGGUCAGGAGGUAACGUUUCUAUAGUAACAGCUCGUUCACAGUAACGGGGAUAAUCUACGGCUAAUAAUGAACAUUUGGCAAAGGAAGAUGCGCAGUAGUGGAAAUGGUGAGGUUUUGUUCCCGGGUAAGGAGAUGUUUAUUUAACGUUUACGGAAGGAGUCUCCAGUGUCGGCGGUAAAACUGAGAAAUUGUAGGCGCUUUCUUUUUUUUUUUAAAUUAACUUAAGCUGCUGUAACGCAAGCGAUAAGGUGAAGAUUUAAAAAUAAACGUAACUAUAAAUGGAUAAAUAGUAUGAAAUAUUCUUUAAUGAAUAAAAAAAUAGAAUUGCUGUAGUAUAAAGAGGAAUAAAACACUUCGGGCUGUGCCGUUUAUAAGAAAUGAAUCAUCUUCGAGGUGGGAACAGUAACUCGGAGGCGGAGUUUUGUUCCUUACACAAUCACCGUUAUAUUGAAGAUAAAUAUAAGUUGAGCCUAAAGUGCCUAAUUAGAGUGAUAAAAGAUUGUUGCCCUUUCAGCUUUGUUUAGAUCUAAAUUGUUCCAAUUGAAUCAUUUCUAACAUUUUCUCAAUUCACAAAAUAUUAAAUAAGUACAGUUUAUAGUAUAAGCUGAUAUAAUAACGUACCUAAAAAAACGAGCGCGCCUUUAAUCCCAUCGCUCACAGAGCUUUAAUCAAAGUCUUAAACGUGUCCCAGUGUAUGAAGUGGUUAUAUAUACACCGAGACGUGUAAAUGUGGAUUUUAUUUUUUUUUUCAGUGUGUAGAAAUCUGAUAACCGCAUGUGACACUGCGAUCUGUUGUAAUAAUGACGUUAAUCACAGAAUUUCCCGACUUAUUUUCACUUUCAGUACGUGCACUGUCUGCAUUUAUCUGACAAAUCCUACAGCCUGCAAUUAAUAACCUGUUUAACUGAAGGAAAAGAAAAAGAAAUGCCUGAAUAAUGUAUAUUUAUAUUGCAUACUAUUGUGUCUCUUUCUUUUUUAAAAUACUGAUAAUCGGGUGUUGUACUUGGAUAUUUAAGAAUGAAGUUGUUGUAUGAAAUGCGUAAUUUAUUAUAUUAAAAAACAACAACGUUUUGUCAGAUAUUACCGGGAUAUGAAGUAAAUUCACAAUGCGUAAAUUAUUACUGUUCAAUGAAAAUGCACAUUAUCCUCCUUUUCACUCUGUAGCCUGGUUGGGACUAUAAUAUAAACUCAUUAUCAAAUAAAA